GAGGUUGUAGAUUGGUUGGAGCUUGGAAGGCUCUUAUCUCACCGACAUAUUGGUCUCCUCCGAAGCUCGGGCUCAAUCUGGACAAAUUAUAGUUCUAUUGGCGUACCUCACAGCUGUACUCGUCUGCAUCAUAAAGGAUGCACCUCUCAUUUCUAAUCCGAACAGAGCCGGAUUUCUCGCUCUCGCAGUUUCCAGUCGUCUUUUUGUUCGCAACAAAAAAGUCAAGUCUGUCCUUAUUGUUGGGACCUGGGAAUGGCUACGAGAAACUCAACAUUAUGUAUAGGAUGGCAGGAAGAGCCAUGUUCCUCGCCGGAUGCAUCCAUGGGUCCCUGUGGAUUCGCAACCAUUUCAUCAGUGAACCGGUGAACAUAUUGAAAUACUAUAGUUGACCUUAUAUAGUUAACAAUUGCAACAAUCUCCAUAAAUAUGAUGGGG